UGUUACUCAUAAGUCAAUAUAUUACAGGCAGCUCGGAAUGGAGGUUUAGAACCUCAUUCAUCUCCUCGUGUUCAGAGCAACCUUCUUCUGUCUUUUUGAAAUGACACUAGUCGUUAGCUCACGGUGGUGGGAGUUCUUCUUCAAGAAAGCUUCAAGUCUGAGCAUUUUCUCCUGCUGUUUUCUUUCAUAAACCUCAAUUCUCUCCCUUAACUUCUGGCAUGCUGUCUGUAAGCCCUCAUGAUAGUUGUUCCAGCGGCCGAUGACCUUCCUAGUGUCCUCAAGGACUCCUUUAACUUUUGUUUUGGUUUGCUUGACGUCUUUAAUAGUGUUCCUGACAAUAUUGAAAGUCUCCAUAUGGUCGUUGAGGACCUUCCUCCUCCAUGUAAUUUGUUUCUGGGACUCUAGGGAGGCAGCAUCCUUGCCUAAAACCUCAACCGAUAGAUUGCGUCUUUGGGUAAUCAUAUUUUCUUAAGUUU